AGAUAUUUGUUUUGUAUUUUCUUUGGAUCUCUGCCUUCAAGUCUGGAACUUGAAAAAAAAAACUCUGUUUCUAAUUAGCUAUGGCAUCAUCAAAAACUUCCUCUUUAGUGUCCUCAAAAACUGUAGUCUCUUUGUUUUUAUCCUCACCGAGAACAGUCAAAAGCAGUUUCUUAUCAUUCACACCAGCUUCUCCUUCCUUUAAACCCCUCAGGACAAGAUCCUCAAAUGCAACCAAAAUUGAUGAAGUAACCAAUAACAUUCUCGACGAGGACAUGGACCAGAUUCGAAGGUUACAGAACGGUUCCGACGUGAGAGGAGUUGCAUUGGAAGGAGAGAAAGGCCGGACGGUUACUUUAACCCCUGCAGCGGUUGAAGCAAUCGCAGAGAGCUUCGGAGAAUGGGUUGCGGCAACGGAGAGUAACGUAAACGGCGUUAUUAGGGUUUCUCUCGGACGGGACCCACGUGUUUCCGGUGGGAAGCUGAGCACGGCCGUGUUCGCGGGUCUAGCUCGUGCAGGAUGUUUAGCUUUUGACAUGGGUUUAGCUACUACUCCUGCUUGCUUCAUGAGCACGUUACUCCCUCCUUUUGAAUACGAUGCUUCAAUAAUGAUGACGGCGUCUCAUUUACCGUAUACAAGAAACGGUCUCAAGUUCUUUACCAAGAGAGGAGGACUAACGUCUCCUGAAGUGGAGAAGAUUUGUGAUUUAGCUGCGAGAAAGUAUGCAAACAGACAGACCAAAGUCUCUACACUGAUAAGAACUAGACCGCAGCAAGUCGAUUUCAUGAGUGCUUAUUCUAAGCACCUUAGAGAAAUCAUUAAAGAGAGAAUCAAUCACCCUGAACACUAUGAUACUCCUCUCAAAGGAUUUCAGAUAGUAGUGAAUGCUGGUAAUGGGUCAGGAGGGUUCUUUACGUGGGAUGUUCUAGAUAAGUUGGGAGCUGAUACAUUCGGUUCGCUCUAUCUUAACCCGGACGGCAUGUUCCCUAAUCACAUUCCCAAUCCUGAAGACAAGACUGCAAUGUCACGCACCCGAGCCGCGGUUCUUGAGAACUCCGCGGAUCUUGGGGUUGUGUUUGACACGGAUGUUGACAGGAGUGGAGUUGUGGAUAACAAAGGGAAUCCUAUAAACGGAGAUAAGCUCAUUGCGCUUAUGUCAGCUAUUGUGCUUAAAGAACAUCCAGGAAGUACAAUAGUAACGGACGCUAGAACAAGUAUGGGCCUAACUAGGUUUAUAACGGAGAGAGGAGGGAGACAUUGUUUGUACAGAGUAGGGUAUAGAAACGUGAUUGACAAGGGAGUAGAGCUCAACAAAGAUGGCAUCGAGAGUCAUCUCAUGAUGGAAACUUCAGGACAUGGUGCUGUUAAAGAGAAUCACUUCUUAGAUGAUGGUGCAUACAUGGUGGUGAAAAUUAUAAUAGAAAUGGUGAGAAUGAGACUCGCGGGGUCAAAGGAAGGCAUCGGUAGUUUAAUAGAAGAUCUCGAGGAACCAUUAGAAUCAGCUGAGUUGCGGAUGAAUAUUUUGUCGGAGCCAAGAGAUGCCAAAGCAAAAGGCAUUGAAGCCAUUGAGACAUUCAGACAAUAUAUUGAGGAAGGAAAACUAGAAGGAUGGGAAUUGGAUUCUUGUGGAGAAUGUUGGGUGAGUGAAGGCUGCUUGGUGGACUCAAAUGAUCAUCCAUCUGCUAUUGAUGCUCACAUGUACAGGGCAAAAGUGAUGGACAAAAAGAGUGGGGAAGAGUAUGGGUGGGUGCACAUGAGGCAGAGCAUUCACAAUCCUAACAUUGCUCUAAAUAUGCAAUCAGUGCUUCCUGGUGGAUGUCUCUCCAUGACAAGUCUUUUCAGAGACCGAUUUCUGGAAGCUACUGGGGUAGCUAGAUUCCUGGACAUAAGUGAUAUCGACAAUUAUAUCGGAAGUCAAUCUUGAAGGCUCUUUAAUCAAAUUGCGAAUGAUGGCAUUAAACGACGGUGUGAAGGGCUACAUUUUUUUCUGAUAAAAGGAAAAAAAAUCAUGUGCUAUGUUUUUGUAUUCUUUUUGAGAGUACACUUAGCUAGCCAUUAACAAAAAACGUCCGCCAUUUCAUUAUAUGAUCAUCUGUAACGUAAAUGUCAAUGGAAAGUAAUCUGUAGUAUGUUCUUUCUAUUGGUUGUAAACAAUGUUUUUAAAA